UCUCAAUUCAAAAGUUUUAUUGCUUUUUCGCCCCGAAUAUUACAACAACAAGAGCAGCUUGACAGACCCUUCAUCUGUUGUUCAAGACAAUCGUCCUCUCUCACAUCUUCCAUCACCCGAAAUCACAUCACAUCUACCUUUUUUGCCCUCCAUGGUCGAACACAUAAAAAUCGCCGCUUGUCUUCUGUGACAUUGGGAGAUCGUAUUACGUCCUUUGCGGACCGAUAGCAGCCGAUUGGUUGCAUAUAAGCGUUGACAGGAAUUAAAUACACAAACUUCAAAUACAAUCUUCACUCCGCUGCAAAAAAAAGUUGCCCGGAAAAAUGUCGUCAAACAGCAAUUUACCAGACAAAGCAUCGGCCGCCCGAUCUAGCUCAAAAGCGCCUUCUACCUCCACCGAAAGUGAAAAAGAAGAUGGUCUAUUCAGUGGUGGCAGUGAUGCAGGGCAUUUGAGCGAUUCAAGCUCUGCCAAUUUCAACGCAAUCGAUUUUGAUUCGUUUGCCAUGUCCUCUUUGCAAGCCACUGCAUCAGCAAUCAUUGCUGCACAACAGCAACAACAACAACAAAUACAGCCACAAGCAUCGCAAGAGCAAAAGGCUUUGCCAAACCAGUUGAAACUACUUCCUCAAUCUUUCCUCCAACAAUCGCAAAUCUCCCCUUUGAACGAGCAAGAAUUUAAUUUGCACAGCAAUGUUGCUUCUGGCUCAGAAAGCGAAACUGGACACUCUCGUCAAUUAUCACCAACAGGUCUCCGUCGUGCAAGUAGUCAGAGCAAGGGAACAGCAGGCGAGAAAGCACACGUUGAACGUCAUAUGUGGACACCAUCUGAAACGCAAGCUUUGGUGAACGGGUGCAAUAAACAUGGAAUUGGUAAUUGGAAGGCGAUCCUUAACGACCAAGAGUUUGGCAAGAGCUUUGAAGGUCGUACACCGGGAGAUCUAAAAGAUCGAUUCCGAACAUACUUCCCAGAUGCAUAUCAUGAAAUGUAUCCCAACGCCAAAACACAUACAAGUAGAGCGAUUCGAAGCAAGGCUCCUGAUGGAACGAGUAUUUUCGAAAAGGGGAAAACGAAAGAACGUAGACCAUUCACGCCAGCAGAGGAUGAUGUGUUGAAAAGGGGCUAUGAAAAGUAUGGUUCGCAUUGGGCAAUCAUUGCAAAAGAGCCUGUCUUUGAGGGAAAGCGUAAAUCGACUGAUCUACGUGAUCGUUUUCGAAAUGCCUUCCCCAGUCUAUACGAACAAGCUGGUUAUAAACCAAGAGCGAAAGCGCCAAAGAAGGAACGUCGUCAAAGUAGUAGCGGUAGUAUGAGUCAAAGUGAGCGGCCUGCUUUGCUCAUGACGGGCAAUUUCCGAGACAGCUUUUCGUUUGCAGGAGAGAGACCUGCUUUGGCACCAAGAAGUGAAACUUCAACUUCUGUAAACUCACAAGCUGUUAGCGAGCAUAGCGAAGGUGAAGAGAGUGACUAUCCAGAAGUUCACAUUCGGGACAGAUCUGAUGGAAGCUUUAUCGGUUAUCCUGACACAUCUUUUCAGAGUGCUGCCUCUUCACUUAUGUCGAGAUCGCAUUCGAUCGAUGCUUCGGCUCAAAUGCAGGGCUCUUUGCCUCAGCAACAAGCGCAGCAGACAAUUCCAACUCAAUCACCGAUAGAGCAGGGCAAUCCAUCUGGUACAGGAGCUGCAUCUGCAGGCACAUCGUCAAAUACUGCUCAUCGUCACCCCUUGCGCAGAUCUCAUAGUAGCAAGCGAGGCUCGACCAAAAUUAGCUCUUUGGAAAAGGCUGCCAAGACUGCAUCCAUCAAAUGCAAUAAAGAAGCCAUCCUUGCAAGCCAUCAACAGCAUCACUUGCAACAUUUGCAACAGCAGCAGCAACAACAACAACAGCAAGCUCAGGCUCAAGCUCAAAAUCAGGCUGCUAUUCAAGGUUGGCCACAGGGCUUCAAUUGGGAUCCAAAUACUGCUGCAAGUUUGGCAGAUAUGGAUUUGGAUCAAAUUGGUGAAUUGAUGGAUGCCCAUUCAACUGCACAAUUGCUCAACAGUGGGGUGGAGGAGAGUAUCGACAAUACAACGGCUCGGACGGCCAUGUCUGAUUCCGGCUUGCCUUCCGCAGACGGUCUAGGCGUCGAUGCAGCUUCUAGUAAUGCAUUGCUGGAUAAUUUGUACCAGCAACUUGGUUUCGCAAAUCAAACUCCUUCGAUGAAUCGUGGUCUUUCGGAGGCACCUUUCCAAAAUGCAAACGUAGAGACAAAUCUCAACAAUUUGUCAUCAUCAUCAUCUUUGCCUUUCAAUCCUGUGUCUUCAAUUCCAGGGAACGCUCAACGGAUUGAUUUCGAACACAGUCAAUGGGCAGGAGAUUUGUUGCCAAGAGGAAAUCCAACUUCGCUCGAUUGGAAUCCAGAAGUGUUUGUCAAUUUGGCCAAUAUGCAGCUAAUGACUGGAGGAGCACAAUCUUCGAGUGGACAAGCAGAGAAAGAUGUUCGACCAAGUCUUUCCGCCGAGCAUUCUUUGUCUAUGCCUUCCGUGCAUGAUUUCAUCUCAAGAUCCACCCGUCGAUUGAGCAAUCCGCCCAGACCGGUCGGAUUGAAUGAAGAAAUGACUGCUGAUUCGUUGCUGUCUUCAGCAUAUCGAACGGGGAAUGCUUACCCAGCAGAUGAUAUCUCGUUAAUCAAUUCAAACUUCCCGGGCGGAAUGACUUUAUUCCCUAGCUUGAUGGGCGCUGGCCCAGCAAGUGAUGGAGCUGGACCUUCUUCGUUCCGUAGACGAAAAUCAACCGAUACAUUACGUGAGAAUACCUUUGCAAGCGGACAGGCUUGGCGUGGUCCAAUGGAAGGUAUUCAAGCAGAUCAAAGUGAAGAUGGUUUGGGAGCAUUGAGCAAUACGUCCAAUCUUGCAAGUCAAAAUAGCGGACAACAUUCACGUUCGAUCUCUUCUGUUGAUCCACUUGAUGAUGAAAAUGCACCAAGUAGAGCAGCAAGUGUGGGAGAUUUGGAUUUGGUGGGUGAAAGAGUGAAUGCAUUGUAUGCUGAAUCUUUACCUGAUUUGACUACGAGUGCUUUCGGAGGCGGUGGAGAGCACUCUUCUUCAGCAUCAGAUAACGCUUUCCCACACGUUCAACACCUUCAAAUGAGUUAUGAUGAUUUGGAUUUGCCAUCAUUUUUGAACAGAAGUCCAUGUUUUGCUCCUGCAAAUUCUCAUUCGAUGAACCCAAUCUCUGCCACGACUUUCAAUAGUCCAAGAAUGUCUGCAAUGGGCAACGAUGGUGCAAACUGGUUGAAACUAUUUGCUGGCGGUACGAGAGCAGGAAACACUUCUUUGAGGGAUGGCGUUCGCUCUUCUUCCGCUGGUGUUGGAGAAGUAGCACAAACGAUUCAGCCAAUGUCACAGCAACAGCAAGGCUUUGAUGGUGGACAAUAUUCAACAUUUGCUGCUUCUUUGAGCGAUGCAGGUGCAUUGGAUAGAUUGGAACAUUUGUAUUUGGAAGGAUUGCAUUCGCCAAGUAGUCCAGCACAAGUGAACGUUGGAACGCCAUCCCUGUCAGCUUAUACGAUUGGAGGUGGAAAUAAUCAACGCUUUGGCACCACUUCACUUAAUCAAGUAAUGAUGGAACGUAGCAAUACUGCUAUUGCUGGCGAGGAUGCCAAUAAUGGAUAUGAAAGUGUGUAAGAGCAAUUAUAGACGUGAGGAAGUGCAAAAAAAGGGUAUACGGAGCAGCAAGUCUGCUUCAAAUCGCAAUCGUCGUGAUCAUACUAUUUCUUAUGUACAUUAAAAAAGAACACUUUCAU